CCAAUUUACUCCCCAUUCCUUGCUGACCUUUCUAAUUGGCUACUUUCCUUGUUGAGCUUUGUCUCGCUCGCACAUUAUUGCUUAACACGGCGUCGUCUUCACUAGCCCCUGAGCUCUGUCUCGACAAAUAUCUAACCAUUGAAAAACCAAAUGCCCUCUAAAGAAAUAAUACUGAUCGGUUGUAGAGAUCCACAAGAUUGCCACUCUCUGUAACAGCGAAUCGAUCUCCAAUCUCUCCCUCUCUCUCUCGUUCAUUUCUUCAAUGACUUCUCCAUAUCCAGCUCCAGCUCCAGCUCCGUACAAUUCCCUCCCAUCCGCCGCAGCUACAUCCACCUUCCUCACCCGCUCCGCCAAUACUACAACCAACUUCUUCGCCACGCGCCGUCCAUGGCGCGAAUUGAUUGAAUUCUCCUCCUUCACGCGCCCGCCCUCCUUCGGCGAAGCCACAAUCCGCGUAAAACGCAACCUCAACUACUUUCGCGUUAAUUACACUAUGAUAAUCCUCUUUAUUCUCUUUUUAAGCCUCUUAUGGCACCCUGUCUCGAUGAUUGUCUUCUUAAUCGUCUUUGUCGCUUGGUUUUUCCUCUACUUCUUUCGUGACCAGCCACUGGUGAUUUUCCAUCGUCCGAUUGAUGAUCGGGUGGUGCUUGGUUUGCUUUCCGUCGUGACUAUUAUUGCUUUGAUUUUCACUCACGUCUGGUUAAAUGUCUUGGUAUCGGUUUUGAUUGGGGCUGCUGUUGUUGUAUUACACGCUGCGUUUAGGGGAACUGAGAAUUUGUAUUUGGAUGAGCAUGAUUUGGCUGAUGAAGGCUUGUUUUCUGUUGUGGGGAGUCCUAUGAGAGAUGGCUAUACUCGCGUUUAAAAGUAAGAUUUCUUUCGGAAUUUAAUUUCACACGCACAAGUCAGGUGGAAUUUGGUUUCGGCAGGAGCAGCUGAUUUUCUCUCUGGUUAGUUGACCAAUCUUGAGUUGAAUCGAUUUUUUCAUAGUUUUUGCUAGCAAGUAUUAUUUUUUGAUGAGAUGAGUGUGUUGUAAAUGUGGUUGUGGUGAAUCAGUAUAGAUUUUUGUUAAAAAAUAGAUGGUUUACUACAUGGUGUUCUGUGCCUUAUUUGAAAGGUGCAGUAGUACUUCUUAUGAAUGAUUUCUUUGAAUUUCAAUGCAAAAUGUGUUCAUUUCUUCGUUUUA